AGAAACAAAUCCUAAACUAGAAGAUACAUUACAAUCAAAAUGGCAUCAACAGAAGGGAUGAAUCAAAAGUCUUGGGCCCAACAUAUAAUAUAAAGAUCCCAUGAUGGGCUUUUGCGUUAUAUUAAUCGAUCCAGCAUUUGUCCAGACACAACAAACAUGGCGAUUCGAACAUUCGCUUCUCUUGUCCGCGCCACUCUUCACCAAACCCCAAAACCUCAUUCAUUACGCUUCUUCUGUAUCCUUCCACACGAUCCACCACCACCUGAACUAGUAAACGAGAUCUCCCGCGUCCUGAGCGAUCACCGUAACCCCAAAGACGACCUCGAACACACCCUCACCUCCUACUCUCCACGCCUCUCCUCGAACCUAAUCGAACAAGUCUUGAAACGCUGCAAAAACCUCGGCUUCCCCGCUCACAGAUUCUUCCUCUGGGCGAGACGAGUCCCGGGCCUCGAACCCAGCUCGGAGAGUUACCACAUUUUGGUCGAGAUCCUCGGCAGCAGCAAGCAGUUCGCUCUGCUCUGGGACUUCUUGAUCGAAUCUAGAGAGUAUAACUACUUCGAGAUUGGUCCUAAAGUGUUUUGGAUCGUCUUUAGAUCUUACAGUAGAGCUAACUUACCCAGCGAAGCGAUUCGAGCUUUUAAUCGAAUGGUUGAGUUUGGGGUUAAGCCUAGUGUCGACGAUCUCGACCAGCUUCUUCAUUCGCUUUGCGAUCGGAGACACGUGGAACACGCUCAGGAGGUUUUCGACAAGGCGAAAAAACACGGGUUCGAACCGCUGAACGCGAAGACGUAUAGCAUCUUGGUGAGAGGCUAUGCCAGAGUGAGAGAUGCGGUUGGUGCGCGCAAGGUGUUCGAUGAAAUGCUUGAGAGAAACUGCAAAGUCGAUUUGCUUGCGUACAACGCUCUUUUGGACUCUUUGUGUAAGUCCGGUGACGUCGACGGAGCGUAUAAGAUGUUUCAAGAAAUGGGUAAGCUCGGGCUCGAGCCCGACGCUUACAGCUACGCGAUUUUCAUCCACGCGUACUGCGACGCGGAAGAUGUUCACUCGGCUUAUAAGGUUCUUGAUAGGAUGAAGAGGUACGAGCUUGUGCCUAAUGUGUACACGUACAACCACAUUGUAAAGACGCUAUGCAAGAAGGAGAAGGUUGAUGAUGCUUACUUAAUGUUGGACGAGAUGAUUCAGAGAGGAGCUGAUCCGGAUACUUGGACUUACAAUUCGAUAAUGGCUUACCACUGCGACCACUGCGAGGUGAACCGCGCGACGAACCUGAUCUCUAGGAUGGACAGAAACAAGUGUUUACCUGAUAGGCACACUUACAAUAUGGUUCUCAAGCUGCUGAUAAGGAUAGGGAGGUUCGACCGGGCCACGGAGAUGUGGGAAGGGAUGAGCGAGAGGAAGUUUUAUCCGGCGGUUGGUACGUAUACUGUGAUGAUCCAUGGGCUGGUGAGGAAGAAAGGGAAGCUAGAGGAGGCUUGCAGGUACUUUGAGAUGAUGAUUGACGAUGGGAUUCCGCCGUAUUCGACCACGGUUGAGAUGUUGAGGAACAGGUUGGUGGGUUGGGGACAGAUGGAUGUUGUGGAUGUUUUGGCGGGGAAGAUGGAGAGGAGCAGUUCUUGUAAGGUUAGAGAAAUGGCGGUUGAGAUGAGAGGGAGGAGAAGGAGAGUGGGACGUAGGAGUGAAGGAAGCGAAGAUGAUGAUUCUGAGCUUGAAAGAGAUAAUAUGAGAGAAACAUAUGAAGAAUAAUGAAGAGAUUUUGGAGUUAUAUGAAUUCAAGAUCUGGAUGGGCUCAAGUAGUAGCUUGGAUUUCUCACUGAUGAGGAACUUCCUCUAAAGACAAGACAAGAGACUAUAGGAGAAACAUGGCGAGGAGCGUUCUCUAGAGACAAGAGACUCGCACUGUGGCUCAUGUGACAAUAGAAAUCUUCGAGAGUGGUGUUUUUGACAAUAGACCAUCCUUGUACGGUUUCUCCUUGGAUCAUAAUGUUAAACACAUUGUUCUUAAGUAUCUUUUCUUCUUAUUUAAAAAGUAUCAUUAAGUAUAUAACGUAUCUUGGCUUUGAUUAUACACAUGAUGUGUAUAUACCUAUACUCAUUGUCUUAUGGAGGACGAUAUGGGGAAAUGUAAAUUGCUGUUUUGAUUCACACUCAAGUGAGUCUUGAGGUCCCAAUGUAUAUAUGAUGGUU